AUUUAGUGCAACGUUUUCUAAUGGUACAUCUAUGGCCUAUAUUACAAUGUUAUAUACUCUGAGUAGGUUCACACACAUGCUUAACAAAAUUUUUUUUCAUGAGUUGGAGAAAUCGAGGGGUGAGAAGUAAAACUAUCACAAUGAUCCUAGUAACGACACAGAGAACCAUGUCAGCGACUGUAUAGUGGCCUUGAAGAAGCCAAUAUAUUAUACAAGACCAUAAAAAGUCAAGAAUAAACAUAGCUUGCUUUAUAUAGAUGUGAAGUUGCUCCUAAAAGAAAUCUAGUGUCACAUUCUAAGCAUAACCAAGUUUUGUUGUCAACAUUUUGGAGCUUCACGAGUGGUACACUUAGAAACGUGCAUAUACAUGCCAACAGUUGAUGAUAAGAGAGAAGCGGGUAUCUUGCAUUGGGUAAGGACCCAAGGUACACGAUCUAAGUAUAUAUCAAGAAGUGUACCAUCCUGUUCAGUGCCGGCUUUAGCUUUACAUUUACAAUUAUUAGGGCUCUUAAAAAGAACUAGGAAACAAAUGUGUUGAAGACACAGCAUUUGACAGCAAACGACAACGAUCAGUAUCAGCAAAAGACAACGAUUUCUACACAUUUUAACUCUCCUGCGAUCAUGGGGUUCAGGAAAAUAUUGUUUCUGCUGGAGAUGUUUUACUUUGUUUCAACAUGGGGAGAGAAGUCCAAAGUUAUUCUGCUGUCAAUGGAUGGAUUCCGAUACGACUACCUUAACAAAACAGACAAAAUUCCAAAUUUUAAGCAUCUGAUAGAGUCAGGAGUGACCAUGCCCUACAUGAACAACUCCUUCGUGACCAAGACGUUCCCGUGUCACUACACCAUGGCCACGGGCUUGUACCCAGAGGUGCAUGGGAUUGUAGCUAAUAGAAUGUAUGAUCCAGAUCUGAAUAAAACUUUUACGAUGGCCAACACAGAAACCUACUGGUGGGAUGGUGGUGAACCCAUUUGGAUUACUGCCGUGAAAGAAAAUCGUCUAGUAGGAGUAUAUUUUUGGCCUGGAAGUGAGGCUAAGAUUCAAGGGAAAAGACCGACUAAAUGGUUCAAGUAUAGCAGUUCUGCGCCAUUCGGAGAAAGAGUGACAACUGUUGUGAACUGGUUGGCAGACGACCAUUAUGACUUGGCGGUUUUAUACUUUAAUGAACCAGAUUCUGCUGGUCACUCCUAUGGACCAGACAGUCCGUCUGUAGUUACAGCUAUUGAGAGAAUGGACGGUAUUCUUGGUCAACUGUUAACAGAGCUAGACAAUACAAAUUUAACGGACAAAGUGAACCUAAUUGUCACCAGUGAUCAUGGGAUGACAGCUGUAGAUGUAGAGAACAGGCUCAUCGAUCUGAGUGAACUAUUACGGAAUGGUACACUCUUAAAGUCUGCAGUAGACGAAGGACCUACUGCCAACUUGAUACCUGAACCAAAUAAAGCCAAAGAGCUUGUCGAGGCUUUGUCUAGUGUUGAACAUCUUCACGUGAUGCUGAAAGAAAACAUUCCAGAAAGAUUUCAUUUAAAGAACAAUAAGCGAGUGAUGCCUGUCUUUGCCUACGCCGAUGAAGGAUGGCUCAUAACUACUAACGCUACAAAAAGACGAGCAAACAAAUAUUAUGGUGACCACGGCUUUGAUAACGAGCUGGUCAACAUGAAGCCCUUUUUCAUCGCGAGGGGCCCAGCUUUUAGGACUGGAGGUCAGGUAGUUGACCCUAUCCAAAGUGUAGACAUCUAUCCACUCAUUUGUUAUCUGUUGGAUAUACCAGCGUCGCCCAACAACGGAAGCUUAGAGCGAGCCAAGACGUUGUUGAGAAAUUCAGGCAGAGAUGUAGGCAGUGAUGUAGGCAGUGAUGUAGGCAGCGUGCAUCGAAUAUCUCUCUUAUUUAUAGUUUUAACAUUCCCUUUUGUGUACCUCUUUUCCUACGUUCUAGCGUAAUCUUAUCUUAUAUAAUACAGACGUUACUUCAAAAAAAGAAGAAGAUUAUGUGUAAAUACCAGAGAUGUAGAUCUAGAUAUAUAGCAUUGGAGAAAUCAAACGAUUGAAAGACUGGGAACAUUCUCGAGAUACCUGAGUCUUUGAAAAACUUUGUUGUUUGAGGAGAGAAAGUUUGGAAACGUUGUAUUACAAAAAAAAAUCGAAAGGUAGCAUGUAAUAAGAUAACAGAACAUAAAGAUAUUCGUAUUAAUUAAUAAAUGAGUGCAUUUGGUAGUAAGUGGACCAGUAUUAUAUUAUAUAGGGCUACUAUAAACACUUUAAUAUGUGAAGAAAUUAUUUAAAAAACAAAACAAAUGGGAUUACAGAAAUGUUAAUGAAAUGAUACAUAUCAAGUCCUAGGAUUGUUCUCUCAUAUAUAUUUUGAUGUUAAUUCUAAAAAAAAAUGUAGUGGAGCCGCAUACAAGGUCCUGUAAUUUAAAACCUCCAACACCGUCACAUUUUUACUGGCAAAGUCGACCUGGACGUAGAAUCCUUUACUAAGUGAUAUAAAUGUGUACAUUGCAACGAUGCUGAGUGUUGAACAUGUGACAUUCUAUACCAUGUUGAUCCAUACUAAAAAUGAAUUAUUCAGAAUAUUGUUUCGUUUCUGGUUGAAUUGUAGAAUUUAUCAUGACAACCGAGUUACUUAAUUUUUUCUUUAAUUUGCAGAAAAGUUUUAUAGCCAUUCUUUAUUAUUCUAUAUUUAGACAGACACAAAAUUUAAUCCCAACCUAGAUUUAUCUAUUCUAUGUCAACUUCUAAGAUUGUUUCGUCUUUAUAACUCCUACACUCCAAAUAGUUGUUCUGUAUUUGCUUUUGUUGUCUCCCUUGACAAAAAAAAAUAUAAAAAAAACCUUCUCGUCCACCUGAGGCGGAUGUCUGACGUUCUAUUUAUUUUACAAUUCCAUUAAAAAUUAAUUUCAUUAAUUCUCUUUUACAUUGACCUGUAAUUGCGAUUGAAAAUGAUUUUUCUUUUUCAGUGUGUUGACAAACAAACAGGUUAGCCCAAUGUAGCCAAUAACACUAUAUAUAAUUUUACAAAUGGAAAUUCAGCUUGACUACAAGUGUCCACCUCAGCAUAACUACCAUAACAAUAACAAAAUAGAUGCAAAUACGAACAACAUUUACAUACGUAACACGUGCACAGUUUGACACAAAACCAAAUAAUUAAAUCUCGUAGUUUAUUAGUGAACUGGUAGUAACUUAUACUACGAUAUUCUAAAGCAUUAAAUAAUAUUUGUUUUUUACCAAGACUGCUAAAGAAAUUCUCAUAAUUCUGAAAGUAAAAAAGAAAUCCGGGAUUGGUAGGUAACUAAAUGUUGAUUAGAUUUUGACAUUUUAUUUUUAUAAUUAGGCCUACAUGUAACCCUAUUUGAUAUCUAUAUAAAUAGCAACAAUAAUUGCUAGGCUACAUUUCCUCAUAAUUUGUGUAGUCCUUUAAUGCACCUUAUCAUCAACCUUAAUCAGUGGCAUAGGUAGGAAUUUGCCAUUAUUUGGGGGCCCGGGGGGCUUUACCAAUUAGUCAAUUAAUUAGGCCUACUGGUAAUUAUUGUAUGACACCAACAAGGGAUAUUAAUCCUUCAAUAGUGAGAGAUAUGGCUAAAUAUGUAGGAUUUCAUCUCCUUAGAUAAUUGAACACAUUAUUUCUCCCACGCCCAUUAUCGGAUAAGUUGAAACUUGGCACAGUUAUUCAUUGGCAUAGGCAAGACAUGAUUCAAUUUUUUUAAAUUGAACUUAUUAUUAGUCAAUCAAUUAUUGGUAAUUAUAUUUAUUAUGUUUGAUAUUAAAUAAUGGGGAUAACUUCAACAUUAUUGAGAGAUAUAGUUGUAAGUGAUGCAUUAUUUCUUUAGAUAAGACCUUUUUUUUAAAAAAAAUAAUUUUUUUAAAUUUUGCUUUUUGUUAUUGGUGCAAUUAACUAACCAUAAUUGUUUAUAUAUAAAGAAAAUGUUAAUAUUAUUACUUUUCCACUUUUUAUGUUAUAAUUAAAUACAGGCUGAACUAA